AUGAAGCUGCUCCUACUGUUCUCAGUGCUGGCCUUGGCAUCAGCCACUAGAGCUCACUUUACCCUUGACUCGCCACCCACUCGAGGCUUCAACGAAGAUACAGAAAGCGAACCAUUCUGUGGCGGCUUCGGUAACGCCUCCGCCUCCCGAGCACCCUUUUACUACCCGCAUGCACCAAUCUCUAUCACUUCCCACCACGAUGAAGCCACAAUCAACGUCUACCUUGCUCUCGGUACUGCGGAUGGCUUGCAGUCGUUUUUAACACUUCCACCUCUCGUCACCGAUCUCAAGGUCAAGGGUAUGGGUGAAAAGUGCCUCUACGUCAAAGGGGACAAAGUGAAGGGUGUGGAAGAGGGAAAGAAUGCAACGAUCAUGGUCGAAUACUUGAGUGGGUCUCAUGGUAGGCUGUAUCAAUGUUCGGAUGUCACGUUGACUAAGGACGACAAGACUGGUGGUGGUCAGACUUGCAAAGGAGAGGUUAAGGAAGGCAGUGCUGCACCUGCUGGUAAUGGCACGAGUGAAGCUCCUCCUUCGACAAACGCGAACGACAGCGUCAUGAUGGCUUCGGCUCCUGCUAUCGGCGCAAGCAUGGUAUUCGCAUUGAUGAUAGCUGGAUUUGCCUCUCUGAUGUAG